AUGAGUCUAGGUGUCUUACAUCGUCACACACCUGCCUCUGAUUGCACAACAUCUCGAAGCGACUCCCCAACCGAUGCUCCACCGUCCACCUGGGAAUGCAAAAUCACCGGCAACAACCUAUCUAGUAUUGCAAUCGCGUCUCAAAAUCAUUUCAUCAUUUCAUCGUUUCAUCGUUUCAGGUUACAAGGAAUCGCUUCUCAAAAUCGCUUCAGGUUGCAAUCGCUUCUCAAAAUCGCUUCAGGUUGCAAUCGCUUCUCAAAAUCGCUUCAGGUUGUUGAAGCUAAUCAUCCAGGGAAACCAAAUGUUUCUAAGGCUGAGCUUAAGGAAAAACUGGCAACUAUGUAUAAUGUGAAGGACACUAACACUGUGUGGUGA